UUUCCUCCUUUCUUGCAACGCCACCAUCUGAUCAGAUUGGUCAACUAUCAAAAUGUCUUCGCUUGAUCUUUCAAUAGAUUCACCUGAAGCAAAACAGCUACAGGACAUCGUACAAAAAGAGAUUGCUCGACGUGGAUGGAGUGAAGGGGAAGAAGAUGCAGUCAUGAGUGAAUAUGUACUUGUGAUGGUAGCAAACAAAAAGACUCAACAACAAAUCGAAUCAGAACUGAAAGAUCUUUUAGGCGAAGACCAGCAAAACGCCGAAGCUGGAGUGGAGUCUUUCGUGUCAUGGCUAUGGCAAGAAGCAAGUAAGAUUCUAGGUCUCAAUGUCGAACCUCAAAUCCAGCACGAGAAGAAUGUUGUGGAUAUGAAAUUCCGAUCUCGUCGUUCUGCAUCACCUGAGAAUCGUGCUAGCGGAUCGCGAUACGAAGACAGACGGUCUGCUACUCAUAAUCACGAUAGACAACAAUCAGACAGAUGGCAAGCUGGCCAGGACAACAAGCCUACGAGAGAGCUAUUCCCACCCAAGUCCGAUCCUAAUUCCGAAGUAGGAAUGGCAGCAGACAGAAUGGACGAAGGAGAAAAUGAUCGGGAAGGACAACGAUCACUUCGAAUUGCUGGACGGGGUCGAGGUAAUAAGCAGAAUAGCAUGUUCAAACGCAGCUUAGAACAAGCUCAUCGAUCAAAUGGCGCUCAAGGUCAAUCCAUCUUUGCUCGGGCUGGCGUACCAAAUCCAAGAGCGGAAGAGUUUGUGCCUGCUUCAGCUCCUCAACCUAUCACAACACAACCAAGUGAUCCAUCUCAAAAUUUGCUCUUCAGAAUUGAUCCAAUGAUGCCCAACAAUGCCGCUGCUCCAGCAUCAAACGGAAACAAUGAAGACAGCAACGCUCCCGCCGAUUUCCCAACCCAACCUCUUGAUGCAGCUCUUUGCCGAUGGGGCCUCAAAUGCACUUCGCCUACAUGCAUCUAUUCACAUCCUUCGCCUAGUGCAGUAACCUUGUCUAGACAAACAGGUGAAGAUCCAAUUGUACUUCGACAAGAACCCUGCCAUUAUCAAAAAGAUUGCACUCGAGCCGAUUGCGAUUUCAGUCACAUUUCUCCGGCUGUCAAAUUCGUUUUGGCAAAAGCAGAUCGAGCUGCUUCGAUGGCAUUUGGUAAUGCAACUACUACAUCACAACCAAAAACCACUUUGGAUUCUGCCUUGACUAGUGGCUCCAACGAUAACGACCCUAGCAGUAUACCCUGUCGUUAUGGAAGCGCUUGUUAUCGUCAAGGCUGUCAUUUUUCUCAUCCUGCCAACAGGACAAAUCAUGUUUCAGAAAGAUUGAAGCAAUUCGCAAACGUUGAACCGGAAAAUGAGAUGGAAGUCAUCAUUCCUACUGCUUAACCUUACUAUAUUGUACCAAACUUUGAUGUACUUUUAAUAAGAUCUGAUGAUCAUCAUGCUAUUGAUUUGAAGGCUGAGUGUUGGGAUAUGACGUAUACGGUACGCCUGGCACGUGUACAGGCGUCACUUGCCGUAUCACGCCGUAUCACGCCUUAACGCCUGUUCCGCCACAAAGGCUGACGAACCACAGUUUUGGUGCCCAAAUUAGCCCAUAUGUCAAUUAUAAAUAGUCUCAUAUCACAUGUAAAUUUUACCUACUUUUCUCUACCUCACUAAUUUAUUA